CAGCUGGGGACUGUCUGCACAGCUGCACAUAGGAAAGUUUAGAAGCGGUGUGCGGAGACGUUUCAGUGUCCUGGGCAGCACACGUGACAGCGUGUAGGAUGGCAUGAGGAGCACAUUGAAGUCACGUCAUCUGUUAAUAGCAAACAGGAAAACUGGCCUUGUAAAAGCUUCCGAAGGCAUUUUAGAUACACGUACACAAUAACUAGGCUGUGUAUGGAACAUGUCACUGGAACAGCAUGCGAUGUUUGUGUAGACUUUACUCCUCGAUGACAGUGUCAGUGUGAUGGGCGAUCGGUGUAUUAAUAAUUACAAGCUCGCAUUUUGCAUACGCUAAUAUUGGACCGUUCGGGGUUAAUCGGCUGUUGCUAGGUAGAUAGUUCUGUUAAUAAAGGCGGAGUUUGAGUUUUAUUUCCUGUGCUGUCAGCUACGAAUAGCGUUAGUUCUAUUCAUUUCAGUACUCGAAACAUAGAUGAAAAUAAUGUGUUCCGUAGCUUCUUGUCUUCGGAAAUAUCCCAUUGCUUGGCUGUAGGCUCGGAGAACGAGAUUCAAUACUAAACGGAAGAAAAGUCUUCAAGAAAAUGGCGCUCGGGACGUAGGCGUGGUUAAGGAAGUUUGCCCUCUGGCGGUUGAGCAGCAUGACUCCGGCUGAGGGGUGUUUCCGUUAGUAGUUUAGUUGGCGUGCUUGUAGUUGGUGUAGCGCUGUAGGAAGGGCUGUUAGAUGUGAAUUUUAUCCAUUUAUUUUCUGAGCUGCUACUACCCGGUGUUCUGCAGUGUUCCCUUCGUAUUCGGGCUUGGGUGGGGAAGCCGGGGCUCUAAUGAACUGAACCUGGAAACAGACUUGAGAGGGUGUAAAAUCUCGCUGCAAGUCCAUCCAAAGUGAUACUGAGAAAACUUUGUUAUAUGUUUGGAUGAAUGUGACAUCAAAGGCUUUAAAGAAACAGAAUUGCUGACGCUUCUUCCACCUUGUUUACUGAACAGACUGUGCUGAUCAUUAUGAUCUCUAUCGGAAGAAGUCACGGAUCUGUCUCAUUCUAAAUUGUGGUUACUUGGAGCAAAGCUGUGAUCUUGGUUUAUGUUAUUAUUAAAAUGUCCUCUAAAAAGUCUGCAAAAAAAAAGCGAUCUCGUGGCCCGAAGACUGAGGGUACGCCCGCAGAAAAAGUAGUAUUUGGCUUAUUGAGUGAGCUGCUUUCAAGAGGUGUAGAACAUGGAGCCUAUAAAUGGUGUCUACAAAAGAAUGCUGACCCCAAAAGAACUGUGUUUGUUAGCUGUGUUCCGGCAGAAAUGCCUGAUGGAGUAAUAUGUGCUAUUAUGGCUAGAACAUUGAAUCGGGGCCUUGUAGAAAUUGUUGAUGCUGUGAAAUCUGCUGACAGUGUUUACCAAUCUCUGCUUGUACAAGCUGAAGGGGACAUUGACAGCGAAGCCUGCCAAACCCUUAUCCGUUGUGAAGAUUGUCCAUUGGGGUAUUGGAUAAUGAUAACUCCAUUAGAAGAAAGUAAUAUAGAACUGUCAUCUGUAGAAGUGGACCUGCCAUCUGUGAAUGAGGGCCCCCCACCCCGGCCAAAGGUGUCUACAGAUAAGACCAUGUUCUCAAAGGACCCCCCUGUUCUUACCAAGGAGCCGCCAGCUGUAAAACGGCUUUCAGAAAAAAAGGAAUUUUGUUCUGCAGAGGAGCCACCAAAAAGGGGAGGUUUGCAAUCGGCAAUGGCACCAUCUAAGCAAGCCAAAAUGUUACCAGGUGCAAUGGAACCAUUACAAGCGAGGGAGCCACCACUUAUUGAAAAAGAACCUCCAUUACAAGAAUUGACUACAAAGGAACUUUCUUUGCUGGAAAAGGGUCUGCCAUCUAUGAGGAAGCCUUCUUCAGCAACAAAAAUGCCUUUAGUUUGCCAGCAGCUUCCUCCACCAUCAAAGGUUUUGCCAGCUGCAAAGUUAUUACCAGCGGUAAAGGAACAAAACGCAGAAAGGAACGCUUUGCCAUGUGAAAAGGAAGAAAAGCAACUAAAUGUUCCGAUACCUUCGGUGAUUAAAGUCAUCCUACCUGCAAAGGAUUCCCUUCCCUCAGCAAAGGUUUCUUCACCUAUAAAAGGGGUGAAGAUGAUAAAUGAGAGUGAGAAGUACCACCAAACUGUUCAAAAUGAAACCGAUGGUUUAGUGAAGCUUCCAACUAGAGAAAACUUUGAUACAGUAAUUCCUAACCCAAGUCCUAUCAUACAUUUUGGGACCCAAGAUAUAAUUAAGUUUCCAGUUACCAAGCUGCCAAAUGCAACAUAUGAUCCAGUUUGGGGAGGUGUUUCUAUGGAGAGGCAAAAAAGAAGAGAAGAUAUUGAAAAGGGCUUGCAGUUUAUUCAGUCCACCAUACCUUUUCAUGGCAACCAAGAGUACAAGCAUUUCCUUCAGGAGCUGGUUGAGAACUUGUAUAAGGAGGGCAAUGACCUAUACCAUGAAGGUGAAGUUAAAUUGGCACUGGGGCAAUAUACAGAAGGUCUGGCGGUGGCAGACUAUGCAGCUUCUGAAGAACUUAGCCUUUCUCAGGAGCUGUUGUGCAGAUUGUUUGUGAACCGAUCCUGCUGCUAUUAUUCCAUGGGUCUGUUUGAGAAGUCUUUAGAAGAUAGUGAAAAAGCUCUGAGUCUGGACAAGGAGAACAUGAGGGCUUUAUAUCGUAAAGCCAAAACACUGGACAAGCUUGACAAGCACCAAGAAGCCUAUAGUUGCAUCAGUCACAGGAUACUGGCCCUAGUACAGGAUGAGAGUGUAACUGAACUUGCACAGGAGCUGGUGCAAAAACUGGGCCUAAAGCAACGUAGGGCAUACAAGAGACCUCAGCAAGAACUAGAGAAAUUUGGCUUGCUCACCAAUGGAAUAUCUUUGUCUGCAGACAGCAAGGCAUCUAACAGUAUGGGAACUGUUGAUGACAUUUAUACAGAUUUUCCUUCAGAAUUGAUCCCAUCAUCCCUUGGAAUUAUCUGUCCCAAUAACAGUUUAGGAGCUGCUGCACAUCUUCCUUCACUGGCCCCUACCAUGGCUCCCGCAGCCAACCAUUAUUUUACUGACUGUGAUGUAAUUGGAGAUGAGCUGGACUCUUUUCUGGAAUUGGAAAUGGCAUCCAAACAUGUGCCACAGCUUAUACCAGUAUUACCUCCUGGCAAUCACCUGCUGUCAACAUUGGGACCUGCUAGCCUUUCAGCAUCAUCCAGCCUGCCACCUGCUUCUUUUGGCUUGCUGGACACUCGGAAACCACUGGUGGUGCCAGCCAGAUCACCUCUAAAGCCCUCUUUUGAUAUACACUUGGAUACUCUGGACAGAUUUGAUUGCACAAGGGAGACAUUGGACAGCCUGGACACUUUUGUAAAUGAUUCCAAGCCUCUGGAGCCAGUAUCUGUGAAGGGGAAUGCAAACCACAAGAAUGGCAGAAGCACUGUUAACCUUGGUUUUAUACCAAAGAUUGAUCCUGCUGUUCCUACCUCAGCCAUGCCUGUUGGCCCACUGAUGCAGACUUAUGAAUUUAAGCAAGGCUGUCAACAAUGUUUUGUGAGAAUAGGGAUCAAAGCUCUGGACUUUACACACAGGGAAAAAUUAGACCACAAGUGCAAGAAAGAUAUUUUACUAGGACGGAUGAAAAACGCUGAAAAGAAGGCAUGGCUCAAAAUUCGCCCAAGACCUACAAAAGAUUUUUCUGGCCCCUACAUGUUGUGCAAAGAUAUUCAAAGCCGACAGGACUGUAAAUAUGGAGAUAAUUGUACAUUUGCAUAUUACCAGGAAGAAAUAGAUGUGUGGAAUGAGGAAAAAAAUGGUACUUUUCACAGAGACCAGCUUUUGCAGCCCCCUGCUUUAUUAAGGCCAGGAAAUGUGGCACGACUGCUUCAUGAACAGAGUGGCAUCUUCACUUUUUUAUGCCAGGCUUGCUUUGAUAGCAAACCUCAGAUUAUUAGCAAGAGAAAUACAGAGAACCCAGAAUUCUGCACAAACCCCUCAAAACGGCACAGAUUUAAUGACCACAAAUGUCUCGUGCAUGUGUUGAACUCAAGCACAGUAAAGUACUCCAAAAUUCGUCCACUUCAUCUUCGAUUUCAAAUGGACGUGUGCCGCCAUGAGAUGCGUUAUGGUUGUCUUCAGGAGGACACUUGCAACUUUGCACAUAGCCACGUAGAACUGUGUGUUUGGAUGCUGCAGAAACAGUCAGGUGUCCUUCAAGAAGACAUUGUGCUUGAAUCUGAGCGCAUGUGGAAGGUUCCUGAGAGGAAAACCAAGUCCUUCCCUAAACCACUGGACAUGAAGAUGAAGUUUGUCUGUGGACAAUGUUUGCGAAAUGGGAGAGAGAUUGAGGCAGAUCGUGAUGAAAAAUACUGUACAGCGAAAGCAAGACAUAGCUGGACAAAAGAUAAACGUGUAUUGCUUAUGAUGUCUAAGUCCAAAAAGAAGUGGGUUCCCAUCCGACCGCUCCCAUCCAUUCGCUCCUUUCCACAGCAGUAUGAGAUUUGUGUCCAUGUGCAGAAUGGAAAGAAGUGCCAAUAUAUUGGGAACUGCACUUUUUCACACAGCACAGAGGAGAAAGACAUCUGGACGUAUAUGAAAGAGAACAAAGUGCUGGAUCUACAGCAGCUUUUUGACAUGUGCAAGAGCACAGCAGAGAAACCUGGGAAGCCAACAGUAGGAGUCCAGAAAGAAACGGAAAAACAAAUUCUGAUGCCAACAGAUUAUGCUGAUCUUAUGGCUGGCUUCCACUGCUAUCUCUGUGGAAAGAACAGCAAUAGCGAGAAGCAGUGGCGGAAACACAUUCAAUCAGAGAAGCAUAAGGACCGUGUGUUCACCCUGGAAAGUGAAGACAGUCCCUGGAAGUAUCGCUUCCCAGCAGGGGAGUUCAAGUUAUGUGAGAGGUUUGAAGAGGUGCAAAGUUGUCCUAAUGAAAACAAUUGUCCAUUUGCUCAUGGAAGGGAUGAAUUGACAGAAUGGAAUGAACGAAGACAAGUUUUGCAAUUAAAGGUUACCAAAGCUCGUAAAGACCAGCUUCUGGAACCCAGCGACUCUGACUUUGGAAAAUAUACUUUUCUUAUGCAAGAUUUAGCACAAGGGAGUGAAGUGAAACAAACACUGGACACAAUAUGAAGCUACCCCUUCCCCUUAUAACCUGCAGUUUUUAGUCCUUCUUCGGAAACAAACCUUUUUCUUUAAUCUACAGAUUCUGGGGCACAUGUUCAUCACAUCUAUAAACUCUUUAUUGUACGUUAUCCCAAGGACAGUGUUGCAAUCAGGGUGUCCAUUACAUCUAAAGUGUUUCCAUUAUGUACGUGACUGUGAUUUGUGAUAUACUAAUAUGAUUUUUGUCAUUAAUGCCAAAAAUAAUGUAGCCAUUGUCCUGUUUUUAUCUUCUUUUUUUUUUUUUUUUUUUUCAUUUUCACAUGAACGUACAUUUCAGGCCACACAGGGACAGUACCUACUUAAAUACUAUAAUGAGAAGACUCUGUAUUAUGGGUUUAUUGACUUUAUAACAGACAGAACAGCUUGUAAUGAAAUUUAUUUGUAAACUUAGAA